AUACAACAACUUCGUAUUAGUAACCCGUUUAUCAAUUCAUUUGCCGAUAUUGUUUGUAGUGGUCACGAGCUGAUGAGAACUAAUAAGUCGACAAUUGCGGUCCACGUGUAGUCCUUCUUUACGUAUGAAACAGUUAAGGAAGUAAACUACAUAUUUACGAAAUCGUAAUGAAUUCCUUUAUUAACUGAUGUCAUUUACACGUAUCAGUAAUAUAAUAUCGAUAUUAUUUAUUGCUUAUAGGUUUUCGGAAAAGAGAGAGAGAGCGUGGUUAUACACCUAAACUUUAAAAUUUGAAACGAAGGAGAAUUCGUACCUAAUUAUUAAAUAAACGUGAAAAUCGAUUUAGCAAUGUCGCGAUUUAGAAUAGUCCAGCAACAAGUGUGUAAGGAAUGCCGUACAUGCGCAAAUAUUUUGUUUAGAUUAUGGGAAGGUUUCUCAAAAGCUGUGUGCAGUAUUUCUGUUCGCUAAAUAAAUUGUUUGAAUCGUUAAAAAUUCAAUGUCAGGAACAACUGCGGCAAUUACAGAAAUAUCUUGGUUGCGUCCUUGUGUAUAAAGAGCGCAAAUAUUAUGUAUAAGUACGUUUAAUACAUCCAUACAUGUGUAUGUUAAGAAUCCAUGAAUGUGCAAUCAAAAAAUAAAAACGAAUUGAUAUCAAUAUCAGUGUUCGUACCGAAUAUAACGAUUCCUAACUUUGAAUUUUCCUUCUAGAACAAUAAAAUAAUAUUAAAGUGCGUUUAUUUUUUGUGUUAUAAUCUAUAAGGCCAUUUGGUCCAACACUGUUUAAACAAAAUAAAAAAUAAUCCUUAAACCUGUUGACAAUUCAAUAAUAUGUUGAAGAUAUCGAGUGAGUUAAACGAAUUUUAUUUAUAAACAUGUCAUUAAAUAAACAAAUAAUUCGUUAGUAUUACAUGGUAAUUACAAAUUAAUGAUGGUGUAAACAGUGUUGUUGUUUCUGUUAUUGUAGUAAUAAUAACUACUUUGCAUUCCAAAACAUUUAUUUGCGCUGAAGAUAGUGAAUUAAUAAGAAAAUAUCGAUGAGAAAUAUUACGUAAACGAAAUGGAAGCUUCAGAAUUAACUGGGAACAGUUUUAAAAAGACACCUGUGCCACUUUCAAAAACACAAACAUCACCGUCUAUCAGAAAUAUGACGCAAACAGUAAUAGUUUCCUUAGAUGAGACUGUGAGGCAUAAUAUCACGUAUGAUAAGUGAUGCAAUUCGGAUAUUAACACUUGAACGACAGAAUUGUGCAUUAAAAAAUGUGUGUUUCCCAACUUAACCUCAAAUUGGGAUUGACGUAUAAAUGUUAACCAAAAGCAUAAUAAUAAAUAAAUACAAUUAUUAUGUUAAUCUUUACGAUUGACGUACUUUUGCUUUUUAAUUUGAAUAUUAUAACAGUAUGUGUUUAUGAUCUACUUUCGCUAUUCAUUUUGAAUAAUAUGCUGAAUAAUGACGUCUCCUUUAUGAAAAAAUUGUGAUAAAUUGUAAAAAAUAGUGAUAAACAAUUGUUAUUACUUCGAAUGUACAAUACUAUUAGAAAAAAUGCGUUACCAUAAAAAGACUAAAGAAAGUGGAUUCUUCGAAGGAGACUCAUCUGAAAGUGAAUGGUGCACAAUGGGAAAGGCAUUGAAAAGAACUAAAGUUUUUACUACAUCAUCUAGUGAUUUAAAUAAGAAAAUUGGUGAUAAAAGCGAAUACACUUCAGAAGAGUUGGAAACACACAUAAAACAGACCGAAUGGUCUAAAAAAGUUAAUCUGUCCGGUGUGGGACGAGUGGAUAUGUCAAACUUUGAACUUCUAAAAGUCCUUGGAACUGGAGCAUAUGGCAAAGUAUUUCUAGUAAGAAAACGUGGUGGGACGGAUCACGGUAAAUUGUACGCCAUGAAAGUGCUUAAAAAGGCUACUAUAGUUCAAAAGAAAAAGACUACCGAACACACAAAAACUGAGAGACAAGUUUUGGAAGCCGUCCGUGAUAACCCCUUUUUAGUUACUCUCCAUUACGCUUUUCAAACUGACGCCAAACUUCAUCUGAUAUUAGAUUACGUAGCUGGAGGCGAACUUUUUACGCAUUUGUACCAAAGAGAACACUUCACCGAAGAUGAAGUUAGGAUUUAUAUAGGAGAAAUUAUUUUAGCACUAGAACACUUACACAAGUUAGGAAUCAUCUACAGGGAUAUAAAAUUAGAAAACAUACUACUGGAUGAUUCUGGACACAUCGUGUUGACUGAUUUUGGCCUUAGUAAGGAAUUGUCAAGGGACCAAGAGGAUGUGGAGCAAAGGGCAUAUUCAUUUUGUGGUACGAUCGAGUACAUGGCACCAGAGGUGGUUCGGGGUGGAACUCAGGGCCACGAUAUUGCAGUAGACUGGUGGUCUGUAGGCGUAUUAACCUAUGAACUUUUGACGGGGGCAUCACCGUUUACCGUUGAGGGUGAAAAAAAUACCCAACAAGAAAUCUCUAGAAGAAUAUUAAAAACAACCCCUCCUAUUCCUGAUAGUUUAGGGAAGGACGUUGCUGACUUUAUAAGCAAACUACUUGUUAAAGAUCCGAAAAAAAGACUGGGUGGUGGGGAACGAGAUGCUGAUGAACUGAAAAGGCAUCCUUUUUUUAGGAGUUUGGAUUGGGACUCGUUGGCAAAAAAGAAAAUCCCAUCCCCGUUUAAACCUAUUAUUAAGUGCGAAUUGGAUGUGUCAAAUUUUAGUGAAGAAUUCACCCAGAUGCCUGCAACAGAUUCGCCAGCUGUGGUUCCUCCAAAUUACGAUAAGAUUUUUAAAGGAUACUCGUACGUGUCGCCGUCUGUACUUUUUUCAAAAAAUACCAUUUCUGAUGAUAUUUUGAAACCAGUUUACCGACAAGACGAUACGUCAUCGCUGGUUCAAUGUCAACUGAACGACUCGCCAUUUUUUAAAGCAUAUAGCAUAGAUUUAAAUGAAAAAAUAUUAGGUGAUGGUUCGUUUUCGAUUUGCAGGAGGUGCGUUCAAAAAAGCACCGGAUACGAAUACGCUGUGAAAAUUGUUAGUCGGAAAACUGAUUGCACACAAGAAAUUAGUUUACUAAGAGCAUGCCAAGGACACCAAAACAUUGUUAACUUGCAUGAUGUAAUUAUAGACGAAGGACAUACGUACUUGGUUUUCGAAUUAUUGAAAGGUGGCGAACUGUUCGAUAGAAUUAAGAAAAAAAACAAAUUUACAGAAUCAGAAGCAUCGACGAUAAUGCGAAAAUUGGUUUCUGCAGUAAGCUUUAUGCAUUCUCGCGGAGUCGUCCAUCGCGAUUUGAAACCCGAAAAUUUGCUUUUCGUUUCCGAUUCAGAAGAUGCAGAAAUUAAGGUUGUCGAUUUUGGUUUUGCUAGGUUAAAACAGGAAAAAGAAAGUUUACAUACGCCUUGUUUUACUUUAAAUUACGCAGCACCUGAAGUUUUAAAUGGCAAUUCCAAAGGAUACGACGAAAACUGUGAUUUAUGGAGCUUAGGUGUGAUUUUAUAUACAAUGCUCUGUGGUCGGGCUCCAUUUCAUACGGGUUCUCGUAACGACAGUGCAGCAAUCGUUAUGGCGAGGAUUAAAGGUGGAGAAUUCGAUUUUAGCGCACCUUCUUGGAACGGCGUUAGUACUGAGGCAAAAGCUGUCGUCCAAGGUUUGCUGACUGUCAAUCCUGAACAAAGAAUGCAAAUGAGCCAUCUGGCCAACAACUCCUGGAUCCAAGGAAAUCAAACCUUCCAUCAGAACUCUUUAAUGACACCUGGCGUUCUUUCUUCUAGCGGUUCCGCUGAAAGAGGCCUCCAAGCCACGUUCGACGCCUUUCACAAAGCAGAAAAGGAAGGAUUUCGACUACAAGAUGUUCUUAAUGCCAAACUGGCUCAAAGACGUCGACUUAAGAAAAGUUCCUCUGAUAAUUUGAGCACGUCUUCUAGUAGUUUUACCAGCGAAAGUUCAUUAAAAAGCAACCCCGCAACGCCUUUGUCUUCUAAGUCCAAAUUUUCUCUCGACCUUAAAAAGACUGAUAGAGGAAAGACGAAAAGUAAACCGAGUUCCAGUUCGCUCGAACAAAGAGAUAGCGUUUUCGAUUUUGGUGAUGUAAAAGUAAAAGAGUACCUGAAUACUAUGAGCACAGAUCUUCUCGAUACAGUUACUGCUCAAGAUAAACAAGUCGAAUUAGUCAAUAAAGAUGCAGCUGCCGAAAAGAAUAGUUCAGAAACAAAACAGAAACGCAAAAGAAAAGUUUAUCAAGUGACGAGGAAAAGUGAAAGAAUCAGGCGAAGGAACGAAAUUGACGCAGAUCCUUUACCGUUUUUGAUGUUACCAUACAGAACGAGAAAGAGAAAGUUAGACGAUAAUAGUUCAAAAGAUGACGUUAAAAACAAUGACGAUAAAACAGAGAUUUCUGGCCCAUCAAAGGCAAAAAUUAGAAAAAAGACUAAGAAAGCAAAACGGAAAAUUAAUCGAUAGUUUUAGUUAUAGUAGUUUUCAUUUAAAAAAAAAAAUUAAUUUAGUAAAGCGUUGUGGUGAACAAUUGUGAUAAGGUAACAUAAGGCAAAAUGAAUUAUGUUAUAAUAAAUGAAUUUUACAGUUAUUGUUAGCGAAACGGAAGGAUAUUCCAAAAGGGUUUGUUAUGAUAUGAACGUAAGUGCACUUCAUUAGGACAACUUGUUGUAGUUAUCGUUUAAUUUUUAGAUAGAUUGUUCUAAUACCAAAUAUGUUGUAAUAUUAUGUUUGUAAUUAUAUUACAAACGAGCGGCGUAAUUAUUUCAAUAGUAAAUUAUUUAUAUUAUAUGGUACAUAUUAACAAUAAUUAUUAUUGUAACUGCGUUAUAUACAAAGUGAGUAAUAUUUUUAUAAAAAUAAAAAGAAUCAGGUGAGUGGUAUGCUACGACGUGCUGAUGUUACCUUUACCAGAAACAAGUAUUUUUAGUAGGAGUAAUUAUAAAUUUUAUUUGUGUUGUAUUUUGUUAAGUUUAGUCGUUUUGUGAAUGGAAUCAAUCUAUUUCCAUGAGCAUAUAGAGCAAGCAGUAAUGAAAGGAAAAGAAAUUUUAAACUCGAUAUUUUCUUUUGCGUCUAGUAUACUUCUACUUCUUUUAUGACUAAUUUAUAAAGUGAAAAUGAUUGAUAAUAUUCGCGUAUCAGUUCUUAUAUAACUGGCUCGCAUUAAUUGGUACUUUUAAUCUCGUUCUCUAUAUUUUAUGGGUUCACUAUUUAUGCUCCACAUUUUUUUUGUCAACUUUAUUUAUACAUCAUAUUAUGUAUAUCGCACUCAGGUAUUUAUUUGCUGAGAAAAAAAGUAUACAAAAACUUGUCGUUUGUUUUUUCGCAAUUAAAUUAUUAUUUUUUAACUGGA